GGCAAAUCAUUCUGACUGUCUCAGCUUCUUGCCUUUGCUCUCCCUAAGAACUGUUAAACCCAGGUGCACUCGGUUUCUGUUUGCACACAUCCUCCCGGCCAGGGUCUCGUCUCAGCCUUUGGAUUUCUCCUUCGGAUCAAAACCGCUGCUGAUGGUGCCAGAGGGCUAGCCGGGUGUGGGAAGAAGUUUCAGGCUCUGAUGAUGUACUUCAUCCUUUUGUCAUAGGACUUCAUUCGCUUAAAGGAAAACUAAAGACCGCAUCAAUGGAGCACAUUCAGGGAGCUUGGAAGACUAUCAGUAAUGGUUUUGGACUCAAGGAUUCUGUCUUUGAUGGCCCAAACUGUGUUUCACCUACUAUUGUCCAGCAGUUUGGUUAUCAACGCCGAGCAUCUGAUGAUGGCAAAAUAUCAGAUACUUCCAAAACUAGUAAUACUAUUCGUGUUUUCUUGCCCAACAAGCAGCGCACGGUGGUAAAUGUGCGAAAUGGGAUGACCUUACAUGACUGUCUUAUGAAGGCACUUAAAGUAAGAGGUCUGCAGCCAGAAUGCUGUGCGGUUUUUCGACUUCUUACUGAACCAAAAGGAAAAAAAGUACGUUUGGAUUGGAACACAGAUGCUGCCUCCUUGAUUGGAGAGGAACUACAAGUGGACUUCCUUGAUCAUGUUCCACUCACUACACACAAUUUUGCUCGGAAGACAUUUCUAAAGCUUGCUUUCUGUGACAUCUGCCAGAAGUUCCUGCUAAAUGGGUUUCGGUGUCAGACAUGUGGUUAUAAAUUCCACGAACACUGCAGCACUAAAGUUCCAACCAUGUGUGUUGACUGGAGCAAUAUCAGGCAACUCUUAUUGUUCCCAAAUUCAAAUAUCAGUGACAGUGGUGUCCCUGCACUACCUCCCUUGACAAUGAGACGGAUGCGGGAGUCUGUCUCCCGGAUACCUGUUAGUUCCCAGCACAGGUAUUCUACACCUCAUGCCUUCACAUUCAACACGUCAAAUCCUUCCUCUGAGGGCUCUCUAUCCCAAAGACAACGAUCUACAUCCACACCAAAUGUCCAUAUGGUUAGCACUACAAUGCCUGUAGACAGUCGGAUAAUUGAGAAUAACAGCCUGAAUGCUUCUCCCAGUUCCUGGUGCAGACGAUUUUGUUUGAGGGGAAGAGAUGCAAUUCGAAGCCAUAGUGAAUCAGCCUCACCCUCUGCUCUGUCCGGAAGUCCUAAUAAUAUGAGCCCAACUGGCUGGUCUCAGCCCAAAACCCCAGUCCCAGCCCAAAGAGAGCGAGCCCCUGGAUCUAAUACACAAGAAAAAAACAAAAUUAGGCCUCGUGGACAGAGAGAUUCCAGUUAUUACUGGGAAAUAGAAGCAAGUGAAGUCAUGCUUUCUACCAGAAUAGGAUCAGGUUCUUUUGGAACAGUUUACAAAGGCAAAUGGCAUGGGGAUGUAGCAGUGAAGAUACUAAAGGUUGUAGAUCCAACCCCAGAACAGUUCCAGGCUUUCAGAAAUGAAGUGGCUGUAUUAAGGAAGACUCGGCAUGUUAAUAUUUUGCUCUUUAUGGGCUACAUGACUAAAGAUAAUCUGGCCAUUGUUACGCAGUGGUGUGAAGGAAGCAGUCUGUAUAAACACCUACACGUUCAAGAGACCAAGUUCCAAAUGUUCCAGCUCAUUGACAUUGCUCGGCAGACCGCACAGGGAAUGGACUAUUUACAUGCAAAGAAUAUCAUCCACAGAGACAUGAAAUCCAAUAAUAUAUUUCUUCACGAAGGCCUCACAGUGAAAAUAGGAGACUUUGGUCUGGCAACUGUAAAAUCCAGGUGGAGCGGAUCUCAACAAGUGGAGCAGCCCACUGGUUCAAUCUUGUGGAUGGCACCAGAAGUGAUCCGGAUGCAGGAUAGUAACCCAUUUAGUUUUCAGUCAGAUGUCUACUCCUAUGGAAUAGUAUUAUAUGAACUAAUGACAGGAGAGUUGCCAUAUUCCCACAUAAACAACCGAGAUCAGAUUAUUUUCAUGGUUGGCCGAGGGUAUGCUUCUCCAGACCUCAGUAAACUGUACAAGAACUGCCCCAAAGCAAUGAAGAGGCUCGUGGCAGAUUGUUUGAAGAAAGUUAGGGAAGAACGACCUCUGUUUCCACAAAUACUGUCGUCCAUUGAAUUGUUGCAACAUUCUCUACCCAAAAUCAACCGGAGCGCUUCUGAACCAUCUCUGCAUCGUGCUGCCCACACAGAGGACAUAAAUUCAUGCACAUUAACAUCCACGAGACUACCCGUGUUCUAGGAUCGUGCUCCCCUUCCCUUGUUCUCUCCAGCGACGGGAAAGGAACAGAAGUAACAGAAGUUGUGCUUUUAAUGCCUCAGCGUACAGGAUCAGUGCCAGCAGGAUUAUCUGCGUCCCGGUUUUAAGAACAAGCUGCUAAGGAUUUCUGCGGUCCUUACCCUGCAGGGACACAGCUCCACAUUGCCUUUUUCUACAGUUUCUUUUACUGGGAUAGUUAACAGACUAUAAAUCAAGAGAUCUAUUACUAUUUUUUUAAUAGAUGCACUUGAGCCUUAUUUUUCCCCUACACAGAAGCGAUGGAUGUUUCUUUGGCAGUGUUUCUGGAUUGAUUUGGAUCUGUUGAUAAAUCGGCAUUUUUUUACAGUGAGGAUGGCUUGCCUCAGCGUUUGAGGAAAGACGAUGCGUUAUGGUGCUCCUUGAUUGCCCUGUGCCAUAUGCCACUUCAGGUUGGGGGAGUUUUCCCUGAAAUGGGUUAUCUGCAAACAAGACUGAGGGAAGAGGGAAAAAAGCAACUUUCUGGAAAUCGGCUCCUGCCCAAGAGCUUUCAUCAAGCCAAUGAACUAAGUUAAAAUGCUAAUUCAACACAAAAUAGGUUUGCAAUAGUUUUGCACAUAGAAGAAAAACUCUUGCAAAAGAAUGGAAUAUAUUCUGAACUGUACUGCUCAGAGAAGGAAGCUAGCCAGUCUUGCUACGGUCAUCUUCAGUAACUUAAGCAGCUUACUUUGGUACUAUUGACUUGUUUCUUGCAGCCCAAUGAGGUGGUAAGUGCGGAAAGACAGGCUUUUGUGGCUGAGAAAAGGCUAAUUAACAUUAUCCGUAUACUUCUGCAGAAUGAGCGUAGUCUUCGUCCCAUCUGAAGCUGUCGUCCAAGAGAUGCACUAUCAAGAGGAAACUGAGCAUAUACAGUUUUUCUUGCUGAUUUGGGUUUUAAUUUUGUUUUUAUUGCUCCUGAGAAAAUGCAUUUAUUGUAAGCCAAGGUUCCUCUGAUUAUCUUAUUUUAAUAAAAUAAAUUAAAUUUUAGGUU